GCUGUUUAUUUGUCUGCAGAACACAGGGCCCAUGACUUUUGGAAAAAUCUCAUCCUUUAACUGGAACACAUGUACUGGACCAAACAAUGGAAAUUAUAUCUUCAGAAAUAUGACAGAAAAUAGAAAAAGAGCAAGGGAGGAUGACACGUGCGAUUUUAUGCCUCUAUCUAAGAGGAUAAAUAACUUGCAUAUAAACAACAACCUUGCCAGCACAAGCGCCUCCCAGACGCAAGAAUCGAAUAUGGCCAAUAACAUAAACCUCGAAAAUGGAAUCUCCUCACCAAGUUCAUCGUCCGAUUCUGAAAGAAGACCUAGUUAUGAUCCAGGAAUAAGUGCAGCCCAAAGCAGUUACUACUAUGAGAACAAGCUGUUGUUUGAAUUGCAUUUAGAAAGAACUCAAAGAUCAGGACAGCAGUACCCGUUUUAGUGGUCCUGAUGGUGUACAUUUUGUGUGUAUUUAUUGUGAAGCAUGCCAUAGUAUGUAUGUAACUUUAUAUUUAAUAUUAAUUAAUGAUUAAA